CUUGUAUUGUAAGUACGCCACACAGAAUGAAGCAUAGGCAUACUGAACGGCUCGAAUAUUCACUACGAUACCUCCCAAUAGCGGAUGCCGUAGUCAUUACCUUCCUCGCCCCAUCAGUAGCAUCCUACGCCUGCUAUCUCUUUCUCAAAGAGUCCUUCCCCCGCUCCGCUCAAUAUACAUCUCUCGUCUCUUUUAUCGGGGUCUUUCUCAUCGCACGCCCAACAUCUAUCUUCCCCACCACCCCAUCUCCAUUAACCCCCAGGAACGAAACCUCUACAACAUCUAGCGAUUUGUUUCCAGGCCCUACAUCCGCCGAACGGCUCUCGGGGGUUGCGCUAGCGUUAAUCGGUGUCCUCGGCUCUGCCGCAGUCUACACAAUAAUCUGGUGGAUAGGCCCGCGAGCACACCCUCUUAUAAGCGUAAACUACUUCGCCGUCUGGAGCACGCUCGUCUCUGCCAUAUCCCUCUCACUCCCCAUUCCGUCUUUCCCCUCUUUUGCAGCACCCGCAGAUGUUCGCCAAUGGACGCUGCUUAUCUUCCUAGGCAUCUGCGGAUUCCUCACGCAAUUCUUACUCACGAGCAGUCUUGCAAUUGGUGGAAGAUCGAAUGGGGCCAGGGCUACAAAUAUGGUAUAUACCAACGUGCUGUUUGCGCUCGUGCUUGAUAAGCUGGUCUUCGGACUGAACCCGGGAUGGUGGAGCUUGGCAGGAAGCGGGCUUAUCUUGGGCAGUGUGAUUGCAGUUGCGGUGCAGAAGCAGCAGGGUGAAGAGAUGAAGACCUCAGGGAGGGAGGGAAUAGUGCAGGAUGGAGAUGCAAUAGAAAUAGCAGUUUUGAGGGGGAGAGGGCGUGGAGGUGAGUUCGGAACAGAUGUAGAAGAGGCUCCUAUGCUGAGAGAAGAUGAUUCUGCGGAUGAGGCUGGCUCCAAGAUCUGUAUAAAGGCUUUAAAUCGACAAGUACCCUUCAAUUUCUUAGAAGAAACGUUUAGUAGCUAGUGUCUUGAAGCUUUACCCAGGAAAGAGUGCCCUAAAGGCAUAUCUGGUGUGUAUCUCUUCUUGAGCCUACAGGUGCUUUGCUAACGCAAUCCAGAG